AUGGGCGAUCUUCUGUCAGCUGCGGCAUCGCUGGUGUCAUGGAAAACACUAGCUCUAGCUUUCGCGCUCAUCAACAUCAAAACCCUUCCCCUAGGUUGGCAUUUUCGUCUAUUGUAUCAUUUUCUGACAAACUUGCGCUUAAAGCCGACUGCUCCUUUCUUUCCCAAGGGCAAGGCAAUUCUCGAUCCGCAUGGCAAUCCGACACAUCCGGUCUUUGUGCCAUACAGCAUCACAUCACGAACACCUUUGCUAGAGACCGAUUAUAACCUGCACAAGUCUAAUAGCACAUACUUUAGCGACCUAGAUGCGGCGCGUACGGCGCUAGUCACCCGGAUCUACAGUCCAGGAGUUGGUCUUGUCAGCAAAGAACUUGAUCAGGAGUUCCUGGUCGCUAGCCAGAAGGAGGGAAAGAAACAUAUUCCGAAGCGGCUACCUAUAAUAAUCGUGCUUGGCUCCGUUUAUUGCAAUUUUAAGCGUGAAAUUAAGCCGUUUGAAAAAUACGAGAUGCACUCAAGGGUUAUUUCUUGGGACAAGAAAUGGCUAUACAUUCUUACGGCCUUUAUGAGGCCUGCUAAGCAGGCCGGUGGUGAGAAGACUCUACUGGCCACUGGAGUGUCCAAGUACGUUGUGAAGAAGGGCCGACUGACCGUGUCCCCGGAACGUAUCUUGCGCACAGGUGGAUUUUUGCCUCCUCGUUCGGAUCAGAGUGACUCGCCAUUUGAGUUCUCAGAAGUCGGAACUCCGGUUAGUGGAGAGGGUAUUACAAGCUCUGCUGUUGAUGGGUCACUCGUUCGAGAAGUUUUGAAGAUGAAUGAGGAUCAAAUACCCAAUGGUGAGGAUCUUGAGGAGGAGAAGAAGGCCAACUCCGACUUGUGGAAUUCCGAGGAAUGGUCAUGGGAGCGCAUUGAACAGGAGCGUCUCCGAGGUUUAGCCGUUGUGCAGCCUUUUAUCGACGUGGAUGAGAAUCUCGCCAAGGAGACAGAGGCGAAGUGGAAUUCCUGA